AUGUGCAAGUAUGUUCCAGGGGUUAGGGAAACAGAAAUGUACCUAGAACAUCUAAGUAUGAAAGAAGCUGCCUUGAAACAUAAGCUUUUGAUGAAUCUAUAUGAGAGUGCCAUAUUAAAAAAAGGUGUCAUUAUAGAAGAUAUUGAGGAAUCGAGGGUGGCAAUUUCGAUUACAAAGGGAAGUGGAUCAAAACUGAAGAAGGGUAGAGCAAAAUGGGGUGCAGAUGACUUAGAAAAACGGCUAUGUCUUUUGAAUGACAUAGCCUACAAUGGUGAUGAUGAACAUGAGGCUGAAGCAACUGAGGGAGGACAAGGAAGUGGAGAUGAGGCUGAAGAUGGUUCUCUCAAUGCUGAUGAUGAAUGUGAUGAAACUGAAGAGGGUCACGAAGCUGAAGAAGUUAAUGAAGGGACCGAAGUAGAAGCUAAUAAAGUAAAUGCAGAGGAUGACACUACAGAUAGUGAGUUUGUGGACAGUGACUACAGUUUGGAAGAUGAUGAUCGUCGUGCGGUAGAUGAUACAACUGCAGAAAGUGUCGUUGGAGAUGCUGAAAGGGGUGAAAGGGUUGCUGAAAGGGGUAAAGGGGUUGGGAACCAACAUCCAGAAGACGUUCUUGAUGCAAGGGAUGUAGAAGACGUUCCCCUUGAUGAUGAGAGACAAGACUCAGAUGGCCUGCACAGUGUUGACGAUUCAGGAAUGUGA